UGUAUUCACAAUGCACUAUAACAAUUCUCGUCCUACAGAAGAAUGUCCUUUAACAAAGAAUAGAAGUUAUAAACAUACAUUAAGUAUGUAUUGUGGAGAUGGUUUAAAAUUCAUCAUAACUUGUUUUACUAUCUUGACCAUUUCUAUCACAACAACAUUAAUUUUACAAAUACUGUAUACCGAUGGAACUCCACAGGAUAAAGCUGGCACUCAUGGUGCAGUUGCAACAGAUUAUACAAACUGUUCACAAAUUGGAACUAAAAUAUUACGGAAAGGUGGUAAUGCUAUAGAUGCAGCUGUAGCAGCUACUAUCUGUAUGACAGUAGUAGCUCCACAUAAAACUAGUCUGGGAGGGGGUGGUUAUGUCAUGUUAUAUAAUCACAAGGAACAAACAGAUCCAAUUAUCAUUGAUUUUGCCAAUAAUACAAUUAAAGACAAUUUUGCACAAAGUGGUAUACGUGUACCAGCAAUAUUACGGGGAUUAGAAUAUACACAUACCUUGAGAGGUAAAUUACCAUGGAGUGAAAUUGUUAAACCUUCUGUAUCUUUAGCCAAAGAUGGAUUUGUUGUAUCAAAGGAAUUAGCAAGUGAAGUAUCAAAAAAUAUUGAUUAUGAAAUUUUAUAUGGACAUCUUAGUGCAGGGGAUAUAUUAAAGUUACAUGAUCUUGGUGAUAUGUUAAAUGCUGUAGCACUAUAUGGCACUAAUGUAUUAUACAAUGGAACUUUUUCACAGAAACUUCUGCAUGAUAAAGUUAAACUUUCAAAAUUGCUUACAGAGUUAGCAAAUUAUGAACCUAAUGUAUAUACAGCAAAAAAAAGGAAUUUUUAUAAGCAUGUGGUAUAUUAUCCUCCCCAUAUGUCACUAUUAGAAUUAGUGAUUACAACACUAGAAAAUCUUAAAAUAUCUACUGAAAAUGCAUCUACAAUAGGGACACAAAUUCAUGUAGCUAAAGCAUUGAUUAAUACAGUUUAUAUUCCAUUACAGUUAAAACAACAUGUUGAAGAAGAGAAGUAUACUGGAGUUAUGGCAAUGGAUUGGGAAGAUACUUAUGUUUGUAUUAUAACUGGACUUAGUGCACCAUUUGGUCAAUUGUCAAAUGCAGGUUUCCUGUUAGAUAAAAUUGAUACCAAUAAUACUUUGUCUAUGCUCAUUCCAAUAAUUUUUCAUAAUGAAAGGUCAUUAUGUGGAUUACGAGGCGUAUUUGGAACUGAUGAUAUAUUAAUCACUGGGCAAUUACUAUACAGUAUUAUAGUGCGACAAUUAAACGUUUCUGAAGCCAUUGAAUAUCCAAGAUAUUAUUUCUUAUCAGAUGGACUUGCUAUAGAAAAUGAUCAAAAACAUUCUGUAGAUACAUUAAUACAAAAUCAAUUAAAUUUAAUAGUACCAGCACCACAUGUGGAUACAGACUUGGUAUUAAAAAGUGUGAAUACAAUUAUAAAGAGGAAAGAUCUAAUGUCAAGUCAUUCUGAUAGUCGUGGAGGUGGCCUUGCAUCAAGAUUUUAA